CCUUUUCUCAAGUGAACUUUGAGCGGUUACGUAUUCACAUUUGUAUAAAGCAGUAUUGCUUAUAUUUACAUACAUAUAUAUAUUGUAUUUAAACCCCUUUGGGCCAUUUGGUUUCAUGAAUGAACCGCACGAUAUACGCAAGCCUAGUAAAAGCUUUCGGUUGGAAAACAAACGUAUAUAUGUACAUGCCAUGGGUAUGGGCUGAAGUGACCGACGUCACAUCAAAGCAAAUAUAAACAGCGAUAUGGAUUUGGAUCGGCGAUCUGCCGGCGCCAGUCGGAAAGAGAAAGAGAGCGGCCCAUCCGUGAAUCACUUGCCCAAAAGCGUCCGCGUCCUCAGCUAUGUAUGAAAUCAGAGGCAUUUCCAGGAAGCCAGCGAAACUCAAGCAAGCUAAUCGAGCAACUGAUAUUGUAACCUGAAUCGAAAACGUCACUUCAAGCAGUUUGGUAUUUGAUAUUUGGGUCCUAAGUAUAAUUACCAUAUAUGGAAUGGUUUGUUUUUAAAUUAUGGCUCUUAACUAAAACUCGUCACGAAGUGAAGUGACUUUUCUUGUAUACUAGGAGGCUUUUGGAGGAAGCAUUCCAUCCUUUGGCAAUGAAUUAUAAUUUCAUUCAAGUAAACCAUAUAUCUUAUAUCGUAUAUAUAUACACACAUCAUUCAGGGAGCCACCUGUUGCCAAAUAUCGGACCAGAGAUAAACUGAUAUACAAUGUGGCCAGUGGGCAUGGCACGGUCCACAGACAACUAGCGACUCAUGCGCGAUUUCCCAGAAGAAUGACGCGGCAAAAGCCAGAGAACAAGUCCAACUAGGAGGGGAAUCGAUGAAUGAAUUUUCGUUGGCCGCCAAACGACCUUACACCUCAGCCACCCCCUGUGGCCCACGCGCCGGCUGGGGAACUCCAUCGGCUUCCCGGCGAUCGGCAAUCUCAAUGCUCAAUGGACUCAAUGGAGUGACUCAUGCGGACUACGCCAAUUCCACGACGUCAUGCUUAAGGUUGUUAUUUGCUUUGCCAGCCAGCCAGCGAUAAGAGAGCUCGCCGGAGAGCGAAAAGCUCGCCAGCCGAGUGGCAAACGGCGCCGGUAAACUGGUCCCGCGCAGCAAGUGCCCCUUUGGAGCCAGCCGGUUGGUCAUGGGGCAGCCGAGUCUGCCGAGUCUGCGAGAGAGCGCCAAAAGCUCGGGCCGCGCGACUUCGUCAUGGCUUUAUCACAGUCCGCCGGUGCUGAUCAUUAGUUCGUCACUCGCCAAGUGGGUCGGAUCAGCGUCGAUCUGGAGUCGUAAACGGUGUACGGCGCUACUCUUAACCCGAUCGGCGGAUCUUUAAUCGAUCAGUGCAAUAACGGUUAUUAAAAUUUUCCAAUCGCAAACUUUCCGCGAAAGAUUUCCGCGAUUUGCGGCACGUGGAGAGCCUGCAGCGGACUCCACUUGUCCGGUCAGCAGGUGAAACACCCCGACUAUCUCGGGUGAAUCAUCCAGCCAGACAUCCUAAAUCCGUUUCAACCGGUUGCAGGCGACCAAUAAGUUCAAUAAUACAAAAGUGCGGUUCCCAGAAUUUUAUGAUUAAACAGGGCCAACGUGAAGUGAACAAUCUAAUAUCUAAUAGUGCAAAGGGCGGCAAAACAAUAAAUUUAUGAAAAUAUAUAUGCAGUAAUAAAGUUAUUAAAGCCUUAGUGACGGCACACACUACUCGAUUUAUGAAAUACAAACCACAAGCCUGUGAAUAAGAUGAAUUCAGAUGCCAACCCAAUAAGGCCAAAGAUCAGUGAAAUUAAAAAGCUACCAAAACUCUUCAGCUGAUAUUGACACUGCAGUUGCCUAGAGGGAGCAGGAACAUCCCGGUUUAAUGGCCAUUCUGCAGAACAGCCGCCAGAGUCACAAGCAACUCCCAGUCCACAGCCAGACGAUUCACAGUGUUUGGUGCCAACAGAGGCCGUUUAAUGCCAUGCAUCAGGAUGUUCGGCAAAAAAGCAUCGGAUCCGGAAACGAGGGCAGACUGGAAGCGAAGGAGAAGGAAGAGAGCGCUAAGAAGGAAGGUUCCUCCAGCAGGAGAAGGAGCAGAAGGCGGUGCAGCAGCAGUUCCACCAGCGACUCGAGCGAUUCCUCGGAGUCCUCAACAGACUCGGAGUCCGGGUCCUCCUCCAGCAACAGUAGCACAAGAAGCCAAUUACCCGCCCUCAACUUGCCAGUGCCCCUCCCGCUGGCGACACCCACUCCGCCCGCCGAUCCAUCGCCUCGAAGGAACUCCAACGACUCCAGCCGGAGCGUCUCUCCCGUGGAGGUGCCCGUGGAUCCGCACGCCUGGACGUCCGAGGACAUUGCCAGCUGGGUGAAGUGGGCGACGCGCAAGUUCAAACUGGACCCGGAGCCGGAUAUCGACAGGUUUCCCAAGAACGCCCAGGAGCUGUGCGAUCUCUCUCGCGCCGACUUCUGGGUCUGUGCAGGAUCCCGGCGCGGAGGCAUGCUCCUGGCGCAGCACUUCGCCCUCAGCUUGUACCACGCCACCGGACGGGAGACGAGUCCAAUGCUCAACGACAACGAGCCAAAUCCGUACCAGCUGCUGAACGCUGCCUCGCACCGAUUGGUUGCCCAGGGCUCAGGGGGCCAGAUCCAGCUGUGGCAGUUUCUGCUGGAGCUGCUCGCUGAUUCGUCCAACGCGAACGCCAUCAGCUGGGAGGGCCAAUCGGGCGAGUUCCGGCUCAUCGACCCGGACGAGGUGGCCAGGCGGUGGGGCGAGCGCAAGGCCAAGCCGAACAUGAACUACGACAAGCUGAGCCGGGCUCUCAGGUACUACUACGACAAGAACAUUAUGACCAAGGUGCACGGAAAGCGGUAUGCCUACAAGUUCGACUUCCACGGCCUGAUGGCCGCUUGCCAGGCUCAGGCGCAGGGCGGAGAUCCGGCCUCCAGCAUGCUGGGUUCCUACAACCACCACGCCGGCGGAGCGAUGCAGUUGGGGCGCCACCCGCCGCCACUGCACCACCACCCACAGCACUCGCAUCCGCACCACCAGCUGGGGCAGCCCCACUUCCUGCACCCGCACCACUCGUCUCCCGCCUCAAACAGCUCCAGCCUGGGCUUCCCAUCGUCCUCGACGGCCUCCUCGCAAGCUUCGCCCGGCCAGGCGCCCGCCUCCUCCUCCGCCUCCACUUCGAAUUUCUCUGCUCCAUUCCAAGGUGGGACAGGCGGCGUGGACCCUGCCAGGUCGUCCUCAUCUUCUGCGGGAAACUACGACCAGGGCCCGGUCACUCCCACCACAAAUGCAUUCAACUGAGCCCGCCGCAACCCCAAUUUGUCGCCGGGGUUGUAAGUUCCGAUGGGGCAGGAGGAUGCGCAGGACCACCCACUGCGCAAGGGAGAGCGGAGAGCAACCCUGCAACCGUGACACCCUGGAUCCCAGCCACGCAGCCACCCAUCGGACCUUUGGCCGUUAAAAGGUCAUUUUGUGUAAUUCCAGCUACUUUGGGUUAAUUGAGGAAUUGUGAUAGCCCGGAGCAUCGCAGAGCAAUACUCGGAAACGAGAGCCAAUUUGUUACUUAGCCUGUUAUCCUUCGCUUCUAGUUGUAAGCAGACAUUCGGCAGAGGUCCUUUAUUCCACACGAGGUCUCAUCAUUAAAUAAUUCUAAGUUCGCACACACAGUAAAUACAUGAAAUCGCAAAUGCAAAGCCAA